AUGGAUCCUCAGCCAAGUACAUCACAAAAAGACGUGGAUGUUUUCUUGUCCCCAAGAAAAAAACGUGUACGAAAAGCUUUCACUGUUACUGAAAAAGUAAUGAUCCGCAACGCCUACAAAUACGUGAAAAAUGAAAUUUCUGCGCAAUUGGAGGCCUUUGAAGUUGUGGAAGAAAAUGAAUGUAUGGGCAAAGUUGCUGACAUAUUGGGAAUAACCUCACGCUCUGUUUGUAACGUUUUGAAGGAAGUAAAUAAAGGUGCGCCGCCAACUCCUCCUAAAAAAACUGGACCAAAGCGAAGUUUCAAAGAUAAAAUUGAUGAAUUUACAUUCUCUGCAAUACGAAGAAUUGUUCAUCAGUUCUUUUACCGAAAUGAACCUCCAACCAUUGCAAAGAUUUUACAAGUGAUGAACGAUGAUCCAGAAAUGCCCAAGAUUUCCAAAGACACCCUCAGAAAAUUUUUGAUGCAUAUUAAUUUUAAAUUUGUUGCACGAUCACGCAAGAGCACACUUAUUGAUCGAUAUGAUAUAAUAACAUGGCGCCAGCGUUACUUGCGAUCUAUAUGUCAGUUUCGACGAGAAGGGAGACAUAUAUAUUAUCAAGAUGAAACUUGGAUUAACGCAGGUCAUACCGUAAAAAAAACUUGGGUGGACAAGAAAGUCACAUCAUCUCGACAAGCGUUUUUGGAGGGACUGACCACUGGAUUAAAAAAUCCAUCUGGAAAAGGCAAACGUUUCAUAAUUAGCCAUAUAGGUAGUGAAGAAGGCUUCCUGAAAGAGGGGCUCAUGAUUUUUGAAGCAAAGAAAAAUUGUGAAGAUUACCAUGAUGAGAUGAAUGCAGUUUGUUUUGAAGAGUGGUUCGCUGCAGUCUUACCAAAAUUAAGACCAAACUCAAUUGUGGUGAUGGAUAAUGCACCUUACCACUCCCGAAAAUUGGAAACGGCACCAAAAAUGAGCUGGAAAAAAGCUGCCAUUCAAUAUUGGCUUUUAAAUAAAAAUAUUCAUUACGAACCAGAUAUGGUUAAAGCUACGCUUUUAGAACUGAUUCCACAUAACGAGUCUUUUAAUAAGUGCGCUGUAGACGAAAUGGCAGCACAACAUGGGAUCACGGUUUUAAGACUGCCCCCUUACCAUUGCGAACUAAACCCUAUCGAAUUGAUAUGGGCGCAGAUAAAGGGGCAUGUAGCUCGAAAUAAUAAAACCUUCAAAUUGACAGACGUGAGAAAUUUAUUUCAGGAAGGCAUUAAAAAAAUUACGGCUACCGAAUGGUCUAAAUGCGUAUCCCAUGUUGUCAAAGAAGAGGAAAAAAUGAGUAGGUUAGAUGUGUUAAUUGACAAUAUCACACACAUUUAUAAUAAAUGUUACAGAAAGUGAUAGCGAUAGCGAUAGCGAUGACGGCGACAAUUUAUAAAAUAAAAUAUUACCAUAA